AUGGAAAGCAAACAGCGUGCAUGGGAAUCACUGCGGAAUGAUGCCCGUAAUAUAGACAGUCUCAUUGAGCAUCAACUCACCGCAUUGGAGAAUACUGCACGUAUAGGUGACAGUUCCAACGGGUUUGGCUUUGGUAGUAGUAGUAGUAGUAGUAGCAGUGGCGGCAACACCAUUCACAACACUCUCCAGACGAAUGUGAGUAGCAGCAGUGGCCACAGUGCCGGGGACGGCCUGGCGAAGUUGGAGCAGACCCAACAGGACUUUGACCGCCAGCGCGCGGAGCUCGAGGCGGCGCUGCUGCGGUUUGAGUCCAUCGUAGACGCGAUGGCGGAAGUGGCCCGCGGCCUCCCGCCGGCGUCGGCGGCCCACACGCACACCGACCGGUUCCAGCGCCUCGUGGCGGAGAAGCGGCGGGCGGUGCAGCGGGUGGUGGCGGACUUCCGGCGGCGGCGCGAGUGGGCGGAGUUGAUGCCGGCGGUCGCGGGGACUCUCGCGGGGGCGGGCGGCGGCGGGGCGGGCGGCAGUCACGACGGGGUGCGGCUGCUGGUGGAGGAGCAGUCGGCGCUGCGGCACACCCAGCGGCGGGUCCAGCAGAUCCUCCAGCAGGCGGAGGAGUCGCGCGAGGGACUGCGCGGGCAGCGGGAGCGGUUCAUGCGGAUGGAGGACCGCGUGCUGCAGAUUGCCGAGCGGGUGCCGGUGAUCAAAAGUGUGUUGGGCCGCAUUGACAGCAGACGUCGACGCGAGGCGGUGGUGCUGGGCGCCAUUGUUGGAAUUUGUCUCUUUAUCACCGUCUUCUUUAUAUGA